AUGUUGCGCAUUGCGGGACAAGGUGGAGCGACAAAAUCGGCGGUCACUCGGAGUAAGGCAGAAAAAAGUUGCAUCUCUAAACCUUCCCCAAACAAGCAUGAACAAAUCCCUUGGGGAUGGACUACGUUACCCGAGGGGUCUGCGGUCAAGAAGGAUGCCGUGAAAGACGUUAUUAUCUUGACAAUGGUCUCUGGUAUUGUCGGCGCGGGUGUUCAAGUCGCAGAUGAUGACAACGAUUUUGGACAUCUAGGCAAAGUCCAUCGCGUAAGGAAAGAAAUUAAGGAGAAGACCUCCAAAACACUUCGUGGCCGACCAGCAUGGACGCUGUUCUUGCAAACUUACCAGCUUAUUCUGUGGAAGCAAUCUUAUGCUUUGGUUCAUGAAAAAGGCUUCCCAGAAGAACUCGAGAUUGUUGUUCGCGAUCUCUGGGCUCUGCGACUUCAAGACUAUAAAUUGAAGAUCACUUCUGCUACCGACGAUACAGAUGGUGAUACUGAACCUGAGGUGUUCAGCUCGCAGCCUGGUGAGCAGGAUGAAUCCGGGUUGGGAUUCAAACCAAAUUCAAGAUAUCUGCAAUGGCCUCGUUUGCUUGAUUCCGUUGCACUAUGUUAUCUUGCUGCGCUUUUGAUGCGGCUUCCAGUCUGCGUCAAUGAUUUCUACGAGUAUGUAUAUCAUUCCCUCUUCGCGAGCCUGAAAUUGACCCUCGAGGGAAUUUCCAUACUUACUGGUUUUCUAAGCAUGAUCGUACGGCAAGAAAUUCCAUACGCACGAGUCCUGGCAUCUGUCCCUUUAGAAAUGCGGGAGAGGCUUCCACCUGAGCUCACUGGGAUUCUCGAGGCGAAUAAAAUUCCAAAGCCCGAACAUCUCCAUCACGGUGUACAGUCUUUAGCUUUGUUUUAUCAACGCCGUUUCGAGGUGGCUCUUCCUCCUCUGAAUUCGCCCAUACUGAUUUUCCGGCACAUCAAAAGAUUGGCUCUGCCAAUCGAGAUAUAUGAUGUCGUCAAGACCUUGCAAGAUCUACUUGGUGUCACAUUUCAAUAUCCGAAGCCAAAGGCAGCCAUCGAACGAAAGAAGUCACAUUUUCUUCCUGAUGUGCAAUUGGUUGUUCUCAUCACAAUUGCUACGAAAUUAAUUUUCCCAUUCGAUGAUUUGAAACGGUAUCCUACCAACAAUAAAGAGCCCGCUGCACAGAUCAUGGACUGGUCUCAAUGGGCACAUGCCCAAAAGGGUUUCUCCGCCGAUUCUCACUUUGCAGAGAACAUUGGGAAAGGGACUGCGAUUCACGUCACAGACCAAGAUGUGCUGAAUAUGACCCCCGAGCAAAUGGACAACUACAUGGAUUGGUACGCAAGCGACUGGCUAGAUACUUCCAGGACCCCUGGUCGCAUAGCCGAAAUGUUCCCCAUCAAUCGAGUGGGGGCCACGCAACCAACCGCUACAACUGCCCCAGAGCCGUCUUCUACCCAGGAUGCUGCACAUGAUACAAUACAAGAGAAACUUGACAUGUUAUUACACAAAGUCAUACAGGAUCUCAGACCCAGACGGGUAAUCCCUGAAGAAGACCAUGAACCCAAGCGUCCCGGUGAUAUGUACUCCCGGUAUCGAUGGGAAUCGCAGCUCAGUGGCGCGGCACGGACCUUUUACGAAAUAGCCGCCAAACUUGCUGCGGUUCCGUUGAAAACAUUUGUCCGCGCCGUCACACUGACCGAAAUCCACAUUGCACAGAUAGAUGAGAAGCGACAGCACCGGGAGUACUUCGCUAAUCAGGGAGUGGAGGUCAUUGACAGCGAUGAUGCUGACGAGGAUUAUGCAAUGGACGAAUUUUGA